CUUUUUCAUUUCGUCAAAAUCGGUAAUCAAGGGCUUAAUUAUUUGCAUUAUUUUUAAAGAAACGCCCGCAGAGCUUUCCGAAAGCUGCUACCAUUGAGUCAGACAAAGUGCCAGCGCUGGCGAAAACGUAACGCAUUGUUAAAUCUCUUUAAACGGUAAGGAGAACGACAAUAAUCAGUAAUCGAACGGCGGCGAAGGCAAUUUCACAAGACUUGCGAGUGGUGGAGUGUCUGCCAAAGAAGCGGAGAGUGACUUCAUUGCAAUUAAACAUGAAAUUAGCUGCAACGACAACCAGAGCACGAAAUUUUUGUACUAUAGCAGCCAAGCAGCAGGGAGAACAUCAGCGUAUAAAUAAAAUACACCCGCGUUCUUCGACGACCUUCAUUCUGCGAUCGGAGCUAAGCAUUUCCAAGCACCAGAGACAAUCGUGUAAAAUUGCCAAAAAUUGGAAACACCAAAGCUUUUGCAUAGGUGCUUCCUGAUUAAAAACGUUUCAAAUCACGAAUAUAAAUCAAAUCAAAUCGAAUAUUCAACAAAUUCUAACCUAAAUUCCAACGUCAAGUAAUCAAUAAAUCGGAGCAAACACGUGCGUUUUUAGUUGCCGCCAAAGUGUAGACAUUUUUACUGUCGUGUAGACAUCUGCUGCCGUUGCCGCUGCCGUCAAAGGACACACUCGGCUACAGGGUUAGCAUCGUUUUGCCACAGCGACAAAGCAGGCCAAACCAAAAGUAACCAAAACGUCGUCGUUGAUAGCCUCAAACUUCAAAAUUCGUGAACAACGCAAAAACCAAUCCACCAAAGGCAACAACAACAAAAGCAACAUCAUGCCGCGACGCAACAAGAAAUCAGGAACAGGCAAAGGUCGCAACAACGACUCCAACUCUGACGACGAGUCCUUUGAUAAUGUCAGUGUAUACUCUCAUGUCUCGGAGAUUGCCUCCUCGGAGGCCACCGACGAACUGGCCAAUGAGCGUUUUGAGGAAAAGUUUGAAAAGGCUUUGGAGCAGGCCACCGAGAAGUCGGCCCAGACCCGUGUCCAGGCCCUGCAAUCGAUUUGCGAACUGCUGAUGCAUCGCUAUAUGCCGGACUUUGUGGAGGACCGAAAGAUGACACUGAUGGAUUUCGUGGAGAAGAGCAUACGUCGGGGCAAGGGACAGGAGCAGGUGUGGGGCGCUCGACUGGCACCCCUUCUGGUGCUGCAGAUGGGCGGAGACGAGGGCAUUUCCAAGGCCAUGAAUCAGUUCCUGCUGACCACCGUCCAGGACAAGUCGAUGGGAUAUGACGCCCGGGCCAAGUGCUGCACAGCCCUGGGAUUGCUCAAUUUCCUGGGAUGCGAGGAUGUCGGUGAGCUGGUGCAGUUGAUGCAGUGCUUCGAGGGCAUUUUCGCCGGCAGCUAUCUGCGCGGCGAUGACAAGACUCCGGUCUCGGUUACUGCCGAGGCGGGCGCCUUGCACGCCGAGGCCUUGUCCGCCUGGGGAUUGUUGCUCACUUUGAUACCCUCUGGUGACUUUGUUUCCCUAAUGACUACCGGACAGAACAUGUUCCCUUCGAUUAAAAAAUUCUUGGGUCUUUUGCAAUCCACCCACUUGGAUGUUCGCAUGGCCGCUGGCGAGACCAUUGCUUUGAUACUGGAAUCGGGCCGUGCCCACGAUGAGGACUUCCUCGAGGAAGACAUACCCGAGCUGUGCGAUGCCGUUAAACAACUUGCCACCGAUUCGCACAAGUACCGGGCCAAGCGCGAUCGCAAGGCCCAGCGUGCCACCUUCAGGGAUGUGCUCCGCUACUUGGAGGAGGAUAUUUCACCAGAAAUCAACAUUCGUUUCGGCCACGAGUCUCUCACCCUGGAUGCCUGGUCCAUUCACCAUCAAUACUCGGCCCUGUGCACGGUCAUGGGCCCCGGAAUGACCUCGCAGCUGCAGGAGAAUGAAUUUAUUCGCGAGAUCUUCCAGCUGGGGGCUCGUCUAACCAACACCGGCAUUAAUGGCAAUGCCAAAGUCAAGCAGACCAAACUCGAACGUCAUCUGGUGAAUGCUGCCGCUUUCAAGGCCCGCUCUAUUUCUCGUGGAAAGAAUCGCGACAAGCGAUCGGCCGUUGUCACUUAAAGCUCUCCAAAUAGUCCCCACUCAUCCGAGAUUCAUCCCAAGA